GAAAAAAACACUGUCACGCUUACCAUUCAUGGAGCAAAAUCUGGAUAUCAGUUCUGUGCAGACAGGAUAUGAAAAUUAUUUGGAUAAUACCACUUAUUGUGUCUCUCCAGAAUAUCAAGAUUUACAUUUCUUAUUGUCCUCGCCAUCUAGUUCCAAUCUGUUAUCAGAUAAUACCACUGUAGAAUUAGACACCAUUGAUAACAAUUUUACUUCUUUGUGGCCUGAAUUCCAUUUCCACUCCUCUCAAACCCCCACUUCUUCAGAUAACCAGGUACCACAAGAAUCUUUCACUGAGUCAUCUUACAAUGAAUCUCAGAUUCCCUCUUCCAACUCCUUUUUAGAGCCAAAACAGUUCUUGAAUUCAGCCAUUCCAUCCCUGAAUAGUCCGAGUGCUUUUCUAGAAUGGAAGAAUUAUAGGCCUCCUUUGGGCCCCCAGCAGCCCAGAAAAUCCCAGUCCUUACAUAAGCGUUGCAUGCGUUUCUUGAAUUGCCUGAACGAUCAUAAAAUCAAUUUAUUAAAUACCAGCAAGAGUGAAAAAUCUGGAAUAAGUAUUAACCAUGAAAUUUACGACAAGCUGGCCAUUCAUCAUGUGAUAGCGGAACGUAAGCGGAGAGGAGAGAUAAAUGAUACAAUUUCUGCCCUCUAUGCACUUCUACCAAAGUGUCCCAAGAAGAGCAAAUCUACAGUGCUCCUGCAUACGAUAGAUUAUGUCAAUCAUUUGAAGCAGCGAGUAGAACUACUGGAGAGGAGGAAUCAGGAGCUGGAAGCAAUUUUCCAUCAAAAUUGACUAUAUCCAUACCAUAGCAGUUAAUAGUAUUACAGUUUGUUAAUAAUAAUUGUAAUUUCCUCAUCUGGACUAAAACCAACACCACAAGUUACUGCCGCUUAGUAGCAAGCUCCAUAAAUAAAUAUGUUUCCACUAAUUACUAUGAAUUAUCCUGGACUUGUCCAAAUAUUUUUCCUGUAAAUAAAAAUCAGUUAAGGAGAUCAUCAGUUCC